AUGGGUUUCAUCGACAAGUUCAAGCACGGCGAGGAGCAGGAGCAAGAGCGGGAGCACAGCUACACGGAUAGUGCCGCCCAGACUGGCUCAACCCAGGAUGCGUCCCAUGGCGCCCCGCAACAUGACGCCGAGGAGCCCAAGAGGGAUUUCCUUGGCAAGCUCAUCGGCGGCAGUGGGCACCACGGCGGCAAGCACGAGUCGGACGACGACAAGAGCUUCUUCGACAAGCUCACCAGCAAAGAAGACCGGGAAAAGAAGAACCUCGAGCUCGAGAAGAAGGAGCUAGAGCUGAAUUAUGAGCUCGAGAAGGUUCUGAAGGAGAAGAAGGACAACGAGGGCUUCUUCGACAAGCUCAAGGACAAGUUCGAUGGUGACAUCGACAAGGAGAAGGAUGAGAGGGAGAAGAAGGCCGUCGAGCUCGACCGGAAGGAGGCCGAGGUCAGGGCGGAGCUGGAGAAGGUCAAGCAUGACAAGAAGGAGAACCAGGACCUGCUGGAGCGCAUAAAGGACCAUCUGGACGGCGACAGCGACGAGGAGGCCAAGAAGGCCAAGGAGCACGACAAGCCCAGCUUCUUUGACAAGAUCACCGGCAAGGCUGCUGAGGAGGAGGAGGAGCGCCGGCGCAAGGAGGAGGAGGAGGAAAAGAAUGCUUUCAAGAAGAUGCAGAACAAAAUCAACGAGGGCCUCGGUGGCGGACGCAAGGGUGAGGAGAAGGAGGACUUCCUCGACAAGACCAUCGAUGGGUUCCAGGAACACGUCCUCCGCAAGGGCGACCAGGGCCAUGAGAGCGCGUUUGAGCAGGCCAAGGACGCGCAGAUUGCCGCCGCGAUCCGGAGUCAACUGAACCUCAAGGACAAGAAGGAUAAGCAUUGA